CGAUUUGUUGUGCCAUCGAUAUUUCUCCACCUCUACACAACUCUACAACCAAUCCAUAAACAAAAAAAUUUUGUGUAUAUAAAACUUAAAAGCUGUCGCCGAAGUAAAUAAAACUAUAGAUGCGGAUACCCCGACAUUCAAAAAGCUGCAAUUGUUAAGAACAACCGGAGUAUGGGAUAUUAGUGGAUAAAAAUACGGUAAGGAAAGAGCAAAAACCAACAACGCAUUUACCCAAUGUUCUCCAACGGGCUGCCGUGCAAUCUGUCGUUUCCGAGCUGCCUGAGUGUCCCAAAAGAUGGUAACGAGGAACUCUUGCCUUCCAAUAUGGGGACAAGGGAACCAGUUAUUCUUAACGUAUAUGAUAUGUAUUGGAUUAAUGAAUACACAACUUCAAUCGGUCUUGGCGUUUUCCAUUCCGGCGUUGAGGCAUUUGGCACCGAAUUUGCGUACGGCGGUCAUCCGUUUCCCUUCACUGGCGUCUUCGAAAUAACUCCUCGCGACCACGACGAGCUCGGUGAGCAGUUUCAGUUCAGACAGAGCAUACAGAUUGGAUGCACCGACUUUACAUAUGAGGAGGUGCGUCGCCUUGUUGAGGAAUUGGGCAAUCAGUUUCGCGGAGAUCGUUACCAUCUUAUGAACAACAAUUGCAAUCACUUUUCGGGUUCAUUGACACAGAUACUUUGCGGCCAAGAGAUACCCAGCUGGGUGAAUCGUCUCGCACAUUUUAGCUCCUGUGUGCCAUUUUUACAGAGAUGUUUACCAAAAGAGUGGCUCACACCGAAUGCCUUGCAGCAAAGCAUAACUACAAUCCAAGAGCGCGAAGACUCGGACAACAGUCCCCUCUGAGACAUUACCUGAUAUAAGAUAUUUGCAAAGCCCAAGCGAGCGCAACUCAUCCCUGCUGUCUGAAGACCAACAACAAUAUUGUUAAGUUAAAUAGUAUAAAACAAAAAUAUAAAAACAAAAAAAAAACGCCGGGAUAAUCGACACUCAUUUCAUUGCAG